UUAUUCGACGAAGUUGCCGGCGGUAUAAAAAAAAAUGGACAUGGAAGUUUCAAUACAAAAAUAGAAAUAUAGAUCUAAAUUUAAAAGUCUCGCAACAAUUUAUUGGUCGCAUUACUCAUUAAAACACAUUCCCAAUGAAUGACAUUCUCAAUGGACUUAAUAAAAUUCAAACGAGGUGAAAAGGUUCAUGAUCUAGGGGCUAUUAGCUCCAUGACUCCAUCAGAAAAAAGCGAAAAUGAUUAUGACGACGACUUACCCAGCUGCAGCAGUGAUCAAGACUCCGAUUAUGAAAGUGAAUACGGAAAAGAGUCUAUUGAUGAUGGAAGACCUUUUAAAAUUCACUGGAGUGACACAACAAAAAGAGCUCCAGUUUUAGAAUUUAACGCUGAAGCAUUUUUUAAUGAUGAUACAAACUUGAAAAAAACUGGACAGGAAUGUGGUCUUAUUUGUAAAGUUACAGGAAAUGCACAGAUAAUGCGAGAAAUUUUGUUAGCUCAUGGAUUUUAUGAGACUCACAGAAACACAAGAUGUUUUAACUUAAAUUGGGCUGCCAAUCAUCCUAGUCCAUUUUACAUCAGGAAAAUGGCACAUUUUCAAACCAUCAACCACUUUCCCCAAACAAAAGAACUAACACGGAAAGACAAACUGUUUAGAAAUGUUGUCAAAAUGCAGAAAACCUAUGGUAAAGAACCUUUUGAUUUUGUGCCUCAAACUUUUAUUCUUCCCAAUGAAUAUAGAUCUUUUUGCUCACAUUUUAAGAAAGACAGUGGUCCUUACAUUCUGAAACCUGUUGGACUUUCACGGGGUAGAGGUGUGACCUUAAUCACCAGUCCAAAGGAAGCUUUAAGGAAAACAGAAGCUGGUAAACGCAAUGUUGUCUGCAAGUAUAUCCCUAAUCCACUUAUGCUGAAUGGUUACAAGUUUGAUUUACGCAUCUAUGUGGCAGUCACUUCAUUUGAUCCUCUGGUCAUCUAUAUGUACAAGGAAGGACUGACCCGCUUCGCUACUGUUAAAUACAAUAUGCAUAGUGAUACUUUUAGUAACCUGUGCAUGCAUCUCACUAAUUACAGUAUUAACAUGUCAAAUGAGGAUUAUGUUAAAAAUACUGAUCCAGAAGUUGAAGAUUUUGGUAACAAAUGGUCAUUGGGUGCUCUGCUCCGCUUCUUACGCUCCACUGGCAAGGAUACCAGAGCUAUCAUGGUUGAAAUAGAAGAUGUUGUAAUUAAAACAGUUCUCUCUGUGGAGUGGAAUGUUGGUUUGGCUUGCAAGCGAUACCAGCAUCACAAAAAUAAUUGUUUUGAACUGUUUGGUUUUGACAUUUUGCUUGAUGAAAAUUAUAAGCCAUGGCUUAUAGAAGUUAAUCUGUCUCCCUCCUUAGGCUGUGAUACUCCUCUGGAUAUUAAAAUUAAAAGUAACAUGUUGUGUGAUCUUCUGAACCUUGUAGGCAUUCGCUGCUACAGUCCUAUAAGCUAUUUUUGUGGGUCUAAAGAACAUCGAUUCAGGCGGAAGCUAAAAGAAAGAUUACAAGUGACUGUAGGCUACUAUUAUUAUACAAAAUGCAGAGAGGCUAUACACUUAGUAUGGGGAUUGCGAGAUGCAAAAAAACAAUUUAAGGAAAUGAUGGAAGAGGAGAAAAACAGACAUUUUCAGGACUCUAAUGAGAAAAAAGAAACACCACAAAAAACCUCAACAACUACUUUUGCCAUGAAUUUAACUGCUGAAGAAGUGGAAAUGAUUCGUCAAGUUCGAGAGGAAGAUACAAGAGCAGGUGGCUGGUUAAGAAUAUUUCCUGCUGUAGACAGCUGGGACAAAUACUGGAAGUAUUUGUCAUUUCCCACCAAAAAUAACCUUGUGUUACAUCAAAGACUGUAUCCAGAAAUGCAUGUGACAAUGAGUGCAGGGAGAGUGCCUGGUGCUGACACCACAAUACCAACAGAAGCUGAAAAUCAGCUGUUGUUAAGAAUGACUGGAACCAGAGCUGGAGAAAAUCAAAAGAUAAGCAAAUCCUAUAUCCAGUCAUUGUAUAGAGUUGGACAAUAUGAAACCCCACUGGAAAUUAUUCCCUCACUUGGAUUUGGAGGUGCAGUCAACACUGAUGAUAGUUCCAGCAGUCAGGAUGUUUCCUACUUUGAUGAUUUGAUCAUUCAAGAUUUACAUCAAAUUCAGGCUGACAAACUAAAGGCUGCUCAAAUGUACCAAGAAAGAGCACAAAAAGAAACAGGACUUUGGGCCAGCUAUGUGACCUUCAACAAUCUGAAGAAAUACAUUGUUUCUGAGCUGAGUAAUGGGGCUACUCUAAGUGAAGUACAGGCAAGAACCAGCUUCUCACAGUAUCUCAGACACAUCAAAAAUAGACUUGUUCAAUCAUUUGAAGGGCAGGGAGAUGGUCAGCAGGAAUUAAUGGAUUUAGUAAAGAAAUUUUUACAACGAGCAUCUGUGUAUUUAACUGGAAAUUUAAAACUAGACUUUCCAGAUGAGAAAGUACCAGUGUCAGUUAGAGGUAAACUGAUGGCCAACCAAUUAACUAAUUUUAUCAAAGUUUACUCAGAGAGAACCUGUGAAAUGAUUAAAGAAGAGAAAUCUAACAAGGAGCAAAAAAAAUCCAAUGAGGAGUUUAAAGGGCUGAAUGCUUCCAAAUUUAUGCAAUAUAUACAGAGUGCAAGUGAAACAGAUCUGGAAGAACUUUUAAUAACAUUUGCUCAGCACAACAAGUCUAUUGAAAUAUUUUUUGGUGGGAAACCCGAGGCUUCAAACAUAAGCUAGCAAUCUCUGAAGAUGUGACUCAAGGGACAGGUGAAAAAGUAACUCCUUGGCAUAAGUUUGCUACAUUAGAACUGAACUAUUCCUUUCAUAUGUGAUGAACAAAUAAUACUAAAUAUCUAUGGAACAUCAUUAAUAGCUUUAUAGUUGAGCAGAUAGUUCUAUUUAUGAUUUGUGAUUUUUUAAAAUUUAUUGAAUCAAUCAGUAAAUGUCUUUGUAUUAUUUGUGGACAUAAAAACAUGUUAUCAUUGUGUAAAUAUAUAUAGUAAGAAAUUAUGAAAAGGUGUGUUAAUAACAAUAGUUCCAUAAAGAUAUUUGGUAAAUGCUUUGACAAUAUUUAUACAGAAAUUUUUUGUGUAUGUAAAUUUAUUUUCACAGAAUUGUGUUAACUUUUGUAAUGUUGAAUCGAUCAACGCAGUCACAAAAAAAUACCAUUACUAAAACAAAACGCAACAGAAAGUUGUUUUUCAGUUUAGCAUAUUAUUAUAGGCUUACAUACUAAAAUAACGGAGGUUUGGAUUUUAUUUGCUUUUGGAAUGGAAGUACCUCUAACAAUUAACACAGUUGGAUUUGAAAGGGAUAAUAUUAAAUCACCUCUACUAAAUGAACGUUUGUUUUUAUUCAAGAAUUCCUUCUGAAUAAUCUUGUCUAAGUCAUUGAUAGUUUUUUUGUGCUUUUAAGAGAAGCUAUUAGUAAUGGAUUGCAGUGAAAUUUGUCCCAAUUUGGUUAUCUCUAUGAUGUUACAAUAUUAGAAGUGUAUUCAUACAUAGAUUAAGACUUUAUAUUAAUAUGUAUAUUUUGAAAAUAGAAACUUUUCAAAUAUUUUGAUUCUGAAGCAUAAAGUUGAUAUUAUUUGAUAUAUUUUUUAUGAAUAUUUACUCAAGACUUAUCAAACAAGCCCUUUUGAUCAAGCUUAAGAGAAUGUUACAGAUUUUGUGAUGAUAUCUAACUGGAAUAAAAUAUUGCUGGCAAUGUAAA